AUGGCGGCGCCGCCGCGGACCCCUAGCCGUACCGCCCAGCGCGAGGAGCCAAGCGGCUCCGCAAACUCGUCGGUCACCCGGACGUCAGUGCCCACCGCGUCCUCCGGGUCUCCAGAGCUGACUGUCUUGCCGGGGCAGGUCGCCGAGCCUCCGGGCAAGAGCCUGUGGGAGCAGAUCUGCGAGGAGUAUGAAGCUGAGCAGCCUCCCUCUCCAGAAGGAAACAAAGCCAAACAAGAAGCCGUGAUUACUGUUUCACCGUUGGAGGAAAUGCUGUCCCACGGCUUCAAUAUAGAGCACUAUUUUCCAGUUCCGCAUUUCCCCGUGACCUCAUAUAAACCCUGUCCUGAAGAUAAAGUGGAAACAGUCGAUCCAAAAACAUGUCCCCCCAAAGAAUAUUUGGAAACUUUCAUCUUUCCAGUUCUGCUUCCCGGAAUGGCCAGCCUGCUUCACCAGGCAAAGAAAGAAAAAUGUUUUGAGAGGAAAAGAACCAAAUUCAUUGCCUGUGAUUUUCUGACGGAGUGGUUAUACAACCAAAAUCCAAAGAGGAUAGGGGAGCCGUUCACAGAAUUCUUCUCCAUUCCGUUUGUGAAGGAGUGGCUAAAGGACCACCCGAGGCCACCGAUCCCACUCUCCCUCCUGCUGACAGAAGAGCAAGCAGCUCUCCUCAUUCAAUCCUUCUGGAGAGCCUAUCUGGUUCGUUGUGAUCCUGAGAUUCAAGAAUUGCGUCAGUGGCAGAAGAAACUGAGCGAGGACAAGCACAUUCGCCAGCGAGUCCGAAUUUUCUGGACCAAACAAGAACAAAAAGUGAAAUGCAAAAUGGAGGAUGAUGAGGUGCCUGCAGCCAAGAUUCCAUCACCUUAA